AUGGUUAAGCCCUUGAAACUUCUCCGAGGAGGGACCGUGCUCAUCCCUGUAGAGAGUGACAGUGAUCAUAUAUCUCCUCGAGUUGCCGAUAUACUGAUUGAUGGAGACCGCAUUUCCAAGAUUGAGAGCACCAUCCCACCACCCACUGGAUGCGACAUCAUAGACUGCAUGGACAAGAUUAUCUCGCCUGGCUUUAUUGAUACCCACCACCACGUGUGGCAGUCACCGCUCAAGGGAUUUUUCGGAAAUACAGCCCUCUUCCCGUACUUGGCUAUCGUGCAGGCAGCGGGAUUGAAGCUCACGGCUGAAGAUAUGUUCUGGGCUAACUUGGCUGGAAGUAUGGAGGCUAUCGAUGCUGGAACAACCACUACUUUGGAUCAUGCUCACAUGAACUGGUCAAAAGAGCAUAGUAAGUUCAAAAUCCUGCUUAGCAGUCGAUACAGUUUGGAAGUCCAAACUGACAGCCAUAACUUAGGUCAAUUUGCGAUUGCAGGCACUAUAUCUUCGGGUAUACGAUCGAUAUUUGGGUAUACACCUGUGUCGCUUGUGAAAAGUACCGAUCCAAAAAUCGAAUUUGAAGCCGAGCCUCUACCAGCCUGGGUUAUGGAGACCUUCGAGAAGCUUGCUACCUCAUACCCACUGAAUGACUCCGAAUCUCGUGUUCAGCUAGGCUUUGGCUUUGAUUUCUACCACCUUCCUAAGAAUAUCGUUCUAGACGUGUUUGAAAAGGUCAAGUCCCUAGGUGUGAAGGUCGUCACGUCGCAUUUUAUUCAAAAUUUUGUCCGCGGUGCCGAAAGCCUUCCUGUGUUGUUGAAGUCAUACGGCCUUUUGCAAAAAGGAAUAGUUCUUUCCCACGCAGGUGGCGCGACCGCCCAGGACGUCAGACUGAUCCACGACGCAAACUGCUUUGUCUCCGCCACACCGAAUACGGAACUUGCCAUGGCCGUGGGGCCACCCGUCUGUUUUCGGCCCGACCUUCCUGGAAUUGAUCAAGUUUGCUCCCUCGGAGUUGAUUGUCAUUCUGCUACAAGUGGUAGCAUGGUAAAUGAGAUGCGCAUGGCUCUGCAAACUAGUCGAGGUAAGGAAAGCGAGACUCACGUGCGGAAUGGUUACUGGCCAAGAGGUGUCUCGUACACGACUGCCAAUGCAUUCAAGAUGGGUACCAUUCAAGGCGCUCGUGCACUCGGUAUGGAGAAGGAUAUUGGGAGCAUUCAGGUGGGCAAAAAGGCAGACCUGGUUGUGUUUGAUGCUCUCAGUCCGGCUAUGGCGUGUGUGGCCCAACACGAUCCAGUCAUGGCUAUUGUUCUGCACUCGACCAUCCGGGAUAUUGAGACUGUGCUUGUGGAUGGUGAGGUGAGGAAGCAACAUAGCAAGCUAUGUCCGGUUAGUGCAACUCAGUGGCAUGGCGUGGAGGGGUUUUCGAAAACGGGGAAUAUUGUGCAUUGGCGAGAAGUGGCAGAGAAUAUCCUUGAUAUACAAAGGAAGCUUGAGUCCAGCAUGCCACAUCCGCUGCUGCUAAAGCUCGAGGAUCAUGUUCGUGUGUUGUUCGGUCAUGAAAAGACUCCUACCAAGUUGUAG